AGGCACUACAGUACAUGAUAUGGGCAGAAGACACAUCAGACAUGACUCAGACAUGACAGAGCAGGUCAAAAGGUACAUUCAAACUGUUAGUCUUACCUACAGGUAUAUUUUGAGCAACUAAAGAAUUGUGUAACAAUUUCUCAGUUACUGUACGGUGUACCGCAAAAAAAACCUGCCAACCUAACAUUGCCCACGGCAACAAACAAACAAGUAUGUCUGUGACAUUUCUGGGGAGGAUGUGGUGAGGCAUCUUGAAAAAAAGUCACUGCACACAUGUCGCACCUUUACUUUGAGUUCCUGCUUCCUACAAUCUAUACACAAGCCUCCUCAUGCUUGACACUAGUUCUUCAUGUGAGAACACGUGAGCAAAGACAGGGCAGAAAUGGAAAUAUAGAGAAAGAGAAAGAGGCAGAAAAAAGAAUGAAAGAAAGGGUGAGAGACAGAGAAUGAGAACAUGCAUGCAUUUAUGUAGCACUUGUUGAUGACAUCUUCGACUCAGGUGGCACAGCCUCAGAUGGAGCAGGCGGGAAUGGACAAUGGAACCAGCGAAGGUGACAACUUGGUCUCUGACACGGAGGUACUGCCCUGGCUCUACCUAUUCUUGGCCCUUCUGGGCUUCCUUACAAACGGACUGGUGCUGUACCAGCUGUGGAGGACCCAGCGGAAGCCUACCACCAUUUUCACCCUGAACAUGGCGGCGUCUGACAUCACCCUCUGUAUCAGCUUCUUCUUUCGUAUAGCCUACUACAAGAACUCGACAAAGUGGAGCGCAGAUGCUGCGCCCUGCAUGCUAACCUUAUCAAUCUGCAUGUCAGUCUUCUACGUGAACAUCUACUGCAACAUGUGUUUCCUCUUGUGGACUAGCAUCAACCGCUACGUCACUGUGGUGCAGCCGAGGCAGGCAGUGCUGCAGGCUUUCAGGAACCCGCAGAAGUGCUUAUGCCUCUGUGCAGCCACCUGGGUGAUGUUCUUGGUGGGCGUGAGCACGCGCGUGGCAGUAAACGAAGUGCGGCUAGCGAACUCCACCGAGACCUGCGAGGAUCUGAUGGAGCACCUCAAGAAAGAGCAGAUGAUGUCGCUGGCGCUCGGGGUCCUGCUCUUCUUCUCCAUCCUCGGGGCGAUGCUGGUCAGCUACAGCCUGCUAAUGUACCACUUGCAGAAGAUCCACAGGUCUAGUCUGGUGAGUGCCUGGUUCGGUCCGGGUGGCGGCUUGAAGGUCAAACGAAAGGUUAUGGCGUCUGUGCUGGUGUUCCUCGCCUGCUUCCUGCCGCACCACAUCCAGAGGAGCAUUAUGCUUCUUUCAGGGAGCGAAACCGACAGCCAGACGGAAGAACGACACUCCAAGGUCAUGAGAGCCACUAUACUUAUAGCAGCGCUAAACUGCUGCCUCAAUCCCAUACUGCACUUGGUGCUUCGCCUGCCAUGCUGUCGCGUGAAAAGACCCACAUCCUCGAAUGUGCCAGUGGCAGCAGACAGCUCCAGAAACCAAGUGCCACAGAUAUACAUCACAGAGGCCUCUGGCUAACUAGGUGUGAAACAAACAAAUCUUUUUGUCUUUGCCUUGUUCAUUGUGGUGCAAGACAAGUUCCAUUUUGGAGCGAAGCAGUUACAUGAGACUACCAGUUUCAAGCAGAAAGCAGUGGUGUCUAUAUGUAUAUGUUUACAAAACCGGAAGCAACUUACAUAUGUCGAGUGCAUUGAAACGCUCAGUGUUUAAAGGUGUCUGACAACACAAGAAAAGGGCCCAUUGAGGCCAAUGUCCUUAUCAAACUGACUUUAGCACCAAAUGCUGGGCCCUGUGUAAAGCCAGCUCCAACGGUCCCCAUUUAUUUGAUAUACCGUAUGUAAAAAAAACAACUCUCACUCCCUGUGGGAGCCGAGCCGCAUCAUGACUGUUGAGCCCUGAUGACUCAAUUCCACUUCCCCCACUAUUUCAAGGCCCCUGACUGCAUAUGAAUGUUUGAGUUAUUACAUUUCACUAAUAACAGGUAAAUGACUUGCCUGAAGAUGAGGGCCUGCCCUGAGGUUUUGAAAUUACCUCCAUCAUACAGCACGAUGUUCAGUUUUCAGGCCCAAGGGUUGAGUCAGGGUCCCUUGUGAGUGCAUUAAGCUACGUCUUGCUUUCAUUGUGUCACUGUCAACUUCAUCUAAUGCCAGAAUGUACCUGUAUACACUGCUUCAUUUCAUGUCUAACUGUCUAUCAAAUUAAAUACAACAAGAGCUGGUGCUCACAGUACUGGUCACAAAAGCAUAGAUAACAUUGUCUCAAACUAAAUGGUCCGCCAGGCCUCUAUUCUAGACCAUGGGGUUUACCUUCCUCUUGUGGUUACUACUGAAUGUCUAUUUGUUGCUUCUCUCCAAAACUAGGCCCGAUUUUAAAAAAAAAUCAUCCUACUUUCCCAAUACAGUAGCAUCCAAUCAAAUGCCUCAACCACUCUAUGCUCUCAUUAAUCCUAUUCUGAAAUAUGCAACUUUUAAUAUGGAACUAAAUACCAUCUCCAUGACUCUUUUUUGUACAUUUUUUGGCUACGGAAUAUUGUUUGGCCGGAAAUUAAAGAGUAGGACAUGAAAUCACUGGGAGACAGAGCUGGGGUAGGGGGUUGGGAUAUGAUCCAUACUAGACUUGAGCUUGGGUCUGCAUGGGCAACUGUGUCUAAGGUAUACUUGUAUAACACCUGUAGCAUAAUUGACUCUGCACAGUGCGAAACAGCACCUCCAAAUGGCAAAUAAGACAAUGUUCCCCUAUUUGCUUCAUUUCACUUUUCUAUUUAGUAAAAAUGUUCUGCUGUUGUACAUGUCAUAAGCCAAGUUUUGCGACUUUCAAGACGCAAUGAUGAGAUUGGUUCCAUUAAAUGUGUCAUUAUUCAGCUACUGUAAUCUCCUUCUAAUGACACUCUUGCAUUAUGAAUGAUAUUUUUUCGUUUAAAGGGACACUGUGCAGGAAAUGGUCAAAAAAGGUAC